AUGGCUAGUGGAUUUCCGAUUUCCCUUCGUGGUGAAGGGAGAGGUUUGGAGAUAUCAUUUCCGGAUUUAGCCGGUCUAGCACAGUCUCAAGCAUUUGUGGAAGUUGAAGGAGGCCUAGUCCUUGACGGCUUGCACAUGGAAUUGAAGACACCAACGUCUCAUUCCGGAGAGGAGGCGCCAGAGUUCGUCCUUCCUCGUAUGGUAAUGAGGACUCACAAGGACUGGUACAGGGAACUUGAUUCCGAGAAGCUAGCCACCACGCGAGUAUUUUUGGGGUGGACGAAUGAAGCACACAUCCUCCUUGGGACACGGGACUGUUUCGCGUUGAAUGUAGAUAUUUCUGGGGCCCCCCACAAUCAACCUACGAGAUGCUUAAAAAGCUACGGCGGGGGAAUAGGAUUUGGAAUACACGGUAUCGCAGCUCUAUCGGCCACUAUCUCAGGAACUCGAUCGGCAGUUCCUUCCGGGAUAUCUGGCAUUGAACCCUUGGACAAGGAUGCCGCAAUGAUUGACAUUCGUAACGGCGUUAGAAAUCAUGUCAUUGUAUGGGACGAUGAUGACGAUAUUGGAUGGUUAAUCCCUCAGAGCGUUAUGCUCUUAUAUCUAUUACAGAUAUUUCUCCUGAGGCAACUACAGUGUUUCGAGGUUCUGCCCUCCGAAUUACUGUCCUCACAGGCACACGAUGCGGGUCAAGCUGCUUUCAAAACACUAACGCGAUUUUUGGAGAUUGAAGAUAUACCUGAAGCUACCCAGCUCACUUCCGUAGGCGUCAAUAGAGAGGCGCCUUGCAAUCUACAACUUUCGAUAAAGAGAGUUUCGAAGGCGGUCAAAGAAAUGUGUUACCACUUCCGCUAUGUUUGCGAUCAACUUCGUAAAAUCUACGAGGACGCCACGACGUUGCACCAGAGUCGAUAA